AAAAAAAAAAAAACAUGAUGAUUACAAAUCCACCACUUCCUGUUUGGUGCUUUUGCUCAACAUUUACAUUAUAUAGAUCAGGUUAAAAAUUAUCUUAGGAUGAGUUGUAAUAGUUAGGACGUUCUUCUUAAUCUAAUAUAGGUCCUCUUUUCCGAAAAAAAAAAGGUUAAAAAGUGUAUUCAAUCCAGGCAUGUAUAAAAAAUAUAACUAAUUUAACUUCUUUUCUUUUCUAAAGCAAAUUCUCUGUAUACAGUACAUAUAUAAGUAGCGUAGAUAUACGAGGAUUAUAAUCACAAGAUUGAGGAUUCAAAUUGGGUCACAUGGAAACCUGAUUUUUGUUUGAUUAGAGUCAUGUUGGUAAUCCCACCAAAAGCAAGAAUUGUCUUUCAACUUUAACCCAAAAUUUGAAUACACAAAACCAUUGAUGAGAGAUAUAAAAUAUACUCUGUAAUGUGUGUGUAUGUGUAAAAAUACACCAACAGGAAUCAUGUCUGUCAGCCAAAGCGAAAAAGAGAGUAUGCAAUAAAGAAACAAAAGUGGGCAAAAGAAAGAAAAACAAAUCAAAAGAAAUCCGUAUUGCCAACCCAUCCCCCAUUGAUCUAAAAAUCCUUUCAGCUGACGAAGAAAAAAUUUGAAGAGAAAAACUGAAGGGGGGUUCCUCAUUUUCUGCUCUCAAAUGAGCCACUUUGAUGCUCUGUCUCUGUUCUUUCUUCUUCACCUAUCUUCUUCACCAACCUAGUAGUAUUAUUACCAUAUUUUCUGCUGGUGUUUUUGUUCAUGCAAGAUCCGAAGAACCCAUCACACCCGAGGAAGCCCUGGUAUCAAAGAGCAAUGCAGAUGGCCGCAGUAUGGAAAGUUAGCAUUACAACCACAACAACAACAACAACAAAAACUACAGAUGACAUUCCUUCAACCAAUGCCAGUUUAUGGAAAACAAUCUCAAGAUCAACCGAAAUCUCACAUUCGAGUUCCAACAGGCACAACAAGCUAAGGAAAUGCACCUCUCUAAAGGUAGCCUCAUCAUUUACAAGAGUUUGUUUGUGCGCACCAAUUUCUUCCUACAAUGAAAUCUUUCAAGCUGAUGUUCCUCCUAGAAGAAGCAACAGCUAUCCAAGGUCGAAACCGGUAGUACCAAGUACACAACAAGAGAUUAGAACUCCUAGUGGAAGAAUUAGUGUGGAAGGCAGGAAGAUUUUUCGCGGGAAAUCGCUAACGGAUGAUGUGUUGAUGAGGAGAUUUGUGAUUGAAGAAGAAGCUAUGAUGCAGCUUAGAAGAAGGAAUGAAAUGGAGAUUAUUAGAAGGAGAAGUGCCAUGAGAAGAAGGAAAAUUGGCCCUAGUCCUCUAAGUAAAAUGGUAUUGGCUGAGGAAGAAUACUGAAGAUUAAGAAAUUAUUAGUAAGAUUCUUCAUGCAACAUUAAUCACUAAAUAUCUUCCAGCUUAUUAGAAUUUGCAAUUUCUUUUCUUUUUAUUUUAGAAUUGCAAUAUCCUUAUCCUUUUUCUUUGUAUAUUUUUUUUUUCUUUUUUUGUAUAUGUUAAUCUUUUUCUUCAACUUUUUUUUUUUUUUGGCAUUGCAAUUGUGGAAUAUAAGGUUGUGAGUUUUUCUUUC